AUGGGCCACGUGCUGGCGCGCGACGCAGAUGCGCUCAAGGCCGGCUGGGUCGACGGCGUCCGCUUGCUGGUGCAGCACGGCGCCUGCCUGAGCGCCCGCACGCCGGCCGGGGACUGCCCGCUGCUCUGGGCGAGCUUCAAGGGGCUUACAGAUGUUGUGGCCGCGCUCCUCGCCGGCGGCGCUGACGUAAAUGCCGUCUGCGCGCUGGGCAACCGCGCGCUGCACCUGGCCGCGUCAGCCGGCCGCGACGACGCAGCGGCGCUGCUCCUGCUGCACGGCGCGGACGCGGCGGCGCGGAACGCGUACGGCGCGACGCCGCUGCAGCUGGCGCGGGGGGCGCCGCUCAAGGGAUGGCUGAUCCGUGCAACUGGGCCGCCGGAGGAGCGCGAGCGUUUGAAGCGUGAGCUGCAGCUGCGGCAGCGGCACGCGACGGGCGAGGCACCCCCGGGCGGCGGCAGCAACGGCGGCGGCGGCGGCGGCAGUGGCGGCGGCGGCAACGCGGGCGGGGCUGGGUCAGCAGAGGCUGCUGGAACGCAAGCUACAGGGGAGCGGGCUCGCGCCGCGCGCGCCGAGGCAGCGGAGGCGCGGCGGCGCGAGGAGGACCAGUCCGAGGACGCGUGGGAAGAGGCCGAGGCGCUGCGCGUGGCGGCGGAAGCUGCCGAGAAGCUGCGGGCGGCCGAGGAGCUGGCGAAGGCGCAGGCGGAGGCCAGGCGGCAGGCUGAGGAGGCGGCCAAGUCGGCUGCAAAGGCGGCCAAAAAAGCCGCGGCGGCGAAGAAGAAGUGA